CCCAGGGACUCCUGCGACCUAGUCACACACACCUCCGAGUUAAAAAUCAGCAUGAAUUUGUGUCCAGUGAAUUUGAGUGCUGUUCUUAGUAGACAGCAGAGCAAAAUUCCUAGGGCUGCAGGGGGAGGGAGGUGUGGCUGCCAGUUCGCAAGACUAAAGAAAGUCUUGUUCCUUUUGGGGCCACUUUUACUGUAAGGGAUGCAGCCAACACUUGUCUCAGUUUUGGUUUUACAGGGAAAAGCACUCCUAAAAUAUAUUGGGGUGAAGAGAGGAGAGACAAGGUCCAGAAUUACUGGUCCAGAAUUACUGCUCAGUGAUACCUGUGUGCCCUCUGCUGGGCAAACUGAGUCAUGCUCAUCAGAAGGGUGACAACAAUGGCUUAGCCAAAGUUUCCCUGCACAAUCGCAACUGGCACUAUUGUCUGGGAUUCAGAGAGGCCAGCUGAGGAGGUGGUGCUGGAAACAUGCAAAUUCAUGGGCCCUUGAAGAGACCUUUGUGGGGCAUGCAGCACAAAGGUAGCUGGAUCAAGGCCCACGUGGAGCCAGGUACUUGCCCUGUCUGGGCCACUGUUCCCACAUUCAGAUACGACCUGGACCUGGUGGGUGAGGACACAGUGUCCCCACUGUGAGGUAAAUAACUUCCUCUCCGCCCCCACCCCCAUUCUGCCCCAGGCCAGAAUAUAGCUCUGUAUCUACAGCAGCUCCUGCUCAAAACCGCCCCACAGCUCAGGAUCAAGGAGCAUGGUUACAGAAAGGUGGGGUUUUAGGGUACUCCUCAGGGACUGUCCCUCUCCCCAGAAUUCCAUGAUGAAGGCCCAUAUGCUUGUAGGUGUGCUGGCCAUGGUGGGCUGCUCAGUGGGGAAGGCUCCUGUUCCUGAAGUCCGGACCUGUCACCUCUGUCUCUUAGAAGACGCUUCCUUGGGCUGCAUUUCAGGCUCGGAGAAGUGCACUAUCAGCAGCCUGUCCCCGUGCAUGGUGAUCACCAUUUACUACAAUGCCAAUAUUCGCUUCUUCAUCCGAGGCUGUGGACAGUAUCAUUCUUACCGCUGCCAAGAAACACACAACACCUACUUCAUGCAGUACUGGUACAACGCCCAGUGCUGCCAGUAUGAUUAUUGCAACUCUUGGUCUAGCCCCCAGCUCCAGAGCGCUCUGCCUGAGCCCCAAGGCAAGACCCUGGCCCUGCCCCUGCCUGACUCCCAGCUCCAGCGGUUCUACCAGGCCCUGAACCUCUCACUUCCCCUCCCCAACUUCCAUACUGGGAAGGAACCUGAAUACCCAGACCCCCUGACCACCCUGCCCCUGAACCUGGGUUUGUCUAUUGCUGACCUGCGCCACAUUUACUUGUUCCUCAACAGUUCAGGACUUUUGGUUCUUCCCCGAGCUGGACCCUGACACCUUACCUUUCCCAAACUCCAUUCUCUUCCAGCACCUCUCCCCUAACACCCCAGACACCUGCACCGGCCUCUCAUAGCACUCGGAUUCUCUGCUCUGUAAUUUCUUUGGCCUCUUUUCCUUUGUACUUCCAGCUUCUGUAUGUUUUGGUUUAAUUUCCUUCCCAGAAACCAGUUGGCACUGUAUCCACUUCUUUCUUCUAGAAAAGAACCUCAAGUGCAAAUUCUGCUCAGACUGCCCUGGGAAAGACACAGACUCACCUCUUUCUCAUCAUCCAAAUGUUCUAUCAUUCCCCCCAUCCCCAACAUCCCAGGCCCCUCUCAAUCUGGUCACAUGCUACCUCCAUUCAGAUCUGUCCCUACAUUGUGUCCUAUGCCUAUCACUAACACCUGGCACCAGACUGAACUUGCAGCAAGAAGAAUUGGGGGUAGAUUUCUGUGCAGAUGUCCUGACUUGGCACUCUGGUGUCCUUGCCUCACUGUCUCCACCAUUCCAGACCCCCCUUUGUUUCUUGCUGCCUUCUCUUACCUCUUGUCCCACCCAGUCUCUUGCUCUUCAGCCCUAAAUCACAUCACUGAGUCACCACACCUACUUCCAUCGGUGCCGGGGGAGAAGAGAGGCAAGGGUAGGGCUUGUCCUGCUGUUACACAUCUCCCAAUUUCCCGACACAAUAAAUGGACUGCACUAAGACUGUGUCACAUUGUUUACACACACUGGGUUUGGCUCAGGUAUAGACAGGUUAAAGAGGAUUAAUUGGGGGUGGGGUUCAAAUAUGGUUCCCCACUCCCUUGGCCUUUGUGGAUUCCUCCUGACUAUCCAUCCCACCUGCUGCUCAGCUAGAGAUCAAAGCAUGAGGACUGCAGCUGCUCCCUGCCUUAAACACCCUAAAAACCUAGAAACUUAAACUUAGGUGAUGCCAGAUUUUUCCACUUAAGGAGGAAACAUUCUCUCUUUAACCCAGGAGGACUCGGGAGCAAAUUAAAGGACCAGUUCUGCAUCUUAGGGUCACCUGGUGCCGAAGGACUUGGAUUCUGCUGGUCCCUAGUUCUUUUCAGGAUCCUGGCACCCAGGGCCCUUCUGUCGAGUUCUAGGUGAAGGGGGAAGGACAAAAAAGCACACAUGUGGGGUUGCAGU